UUUGAGAAGGAAUUUUGGAGUCUACACAUAAAAAAAACAAGCUGAUUACAAUCCCACUAUAUUUAUUGUAUUUGGCUCCAACUUUUUAAUAUACUCGAGGAUGGAGUGACUUUUUCCAAGCGAUCAAGCAUGUCCAAAUAGCGAGACCCAAUCGCUUACCAACUUGUUAUUUAAAAAAAGAGAAUUCUUAGAUCAGGUUCACCAAAGCUACAAAGUAGAUCACUGUAUAGUGUAUUUCUUUAACUAAAUACUAAAAUCAUGCAACUUGAAGACUCAAAUGUGGCUAUAAUAUUUAUAGUGAUAAAGCUAUCUCAAGCACUGUAUUAUUUUUAUACAGGGAUACAUCUUGGCAAAGGGAAAUCAUCAUUGACUUUGAAUGGUUCUACUACUCUCUCGCAUGGUGGCCAUGUUCCUUCUCCAGUUGAGACUAGGAAGGUGUGGCGCCACUUUCAUUCAGCUAAUAAUCUCUCCUGGUAAUGACUACUAAUAAUCAUUAGUGGUUAAUGAUUUUUAAUUGUUGAGUGAGUUAUCCAUGAACAAAUUAGAUAAUGGUUAUGCUCAUCAGAACAUGCUUUUUACCGUUGCACCAACUGAAUGUGAAAAAUGAAAAAGAAUAGAAUAAAAAUCUAUUACUUUAAAGUUCAGCAAUGUCUUCACUCUUUAAUAUGGAAUGUCUGAACAUACCUGUGAAUUUUUGCAAGCUCCUGUUUUGCUUUAAAUUUUGUGGAAUAAAAUACAAAAAGUCGUUUUCUGGUGGACGAAGACUAAAGAAUGUAUUUAAUGGGUGAGCUUGCAAAAAUUAAUGUUUUUGCAUGUUUCUUUGGCAAAAAAAGACUAGAAAACAAACAUUUUUUGUUAUAGAAUAUUACAUGUAAAUCUGUUGACUAUUAGGAUAUAGAAUAAUAAAAUGCAAGUCAAGCCAAUUAAAAUAAUCUUCCGAAGUGGUUAUUAUGAUCAAAAGAUCUUAAAAGGACCUGCAGCCAAUCUGGCCUAAAAGAUCAUAACUUCAAGAACAGUCAUGCUCUUGUGGCUCUUCCAUUCUUCUUCACCUCACCACAACAGCCACCACAUGCCCUCUGCCUUUGGCUGCUUCUGUUUGGAUGUCUUCUUAACAAUUGUGAUCCUUUCUUCUUUUUCCAAUCCCUGCCAUGGCUCCUGCAAUCAGCUCGAUCGCGAUUCUCUCUUAUCAUUCUCUCUCAACAUUUCUCCUCCCUUGAAUUGGUCUUCUGUGAUUGACUGCUGUGUCUGGGAUGGUGUUUCUUGUGAUGGUAAUGAUCAGGUGAUCUGUUUAACGCUGCCCUUUAAAGGCCUCCACGGACUGAUCUCUCCUUCUAUUGCAAACAUCAGUCAUCUCUCUCAACUCAAUCUCUCACACAAUUGGCUCUCAGGUUCUCUCCCUGCUGGCUUCUUCACAUCCUUGAAUCAACUUGACACCAUUGACUUGAGCUAUAACCGGCUUUCUGGACCGUUGCCAUCAUCUGAUAGCUUGCCUAUUGCCACACACACACUCGAUUUAUCCAGCAACCACUUUAAUGGGACAAUCCAGUCUUCAUUUCUCCAGCCUGCAUCCAAUUUGCUGAGUUUCAAUAUCAGCAAUAACAGCUUCACUGGCACAAUACCUUCCUCUAUCUGCAGUAUUUUCCCGUCUGUCCAGCUUCUUGAUUUCUCCUCCAAUGAUUUCAGUGGUGAAUUUCCCCAAGGAAUUGGAAAUUGUUCCGAACUGCAGGUCUUCCGGGCAGGUUUCAACCAUCUUGCAGGACUGCUUCCAGAUGAUAUUUACAGCACUGUGCAGCUGCGAGAACUCUCAUUACCUGCUAAUAAGCUGUGUGGAUCCAUUGAUGAUCGCAUUGUUAACCUUACUAACCUUGCAAUCCUUGAACUCUUUGGCAACGAAUUUACUGGCAUGAUCCCUCAGGAUAUUGGGAAGCUCUCCAAGCUGGAACGGCUGCUCCUUCACUUUAACCAUUUGAAUGGCACUGUGCCUCCAUCUCUGAUGAAUUGUGUCAAUUUGACAACCUUAAAUUUAAGGGUCAACUCCUUUGAAGGUGAGCUCUCCACACUUGAUUUCUCCAAACUCCUCCAACUUAACACAAUUGACCUUGGAAACAAUAACUUCACUGGUAGCCUGCCAGGAAGCCUUUUCUUGUGCAAGUCACUAUCUGCAAUUCGACUGGCCGGUAACCGGCUAGAGGGACAGAUUUCUCCUGACAUGCUUGCAUUACAAUCUCUGUCUUUUCUCUCAAUUUCCAAUAAUAGUUUAACAAAUUUCACGGGAGCAAUCAAGAUUCUGAUGGGUUGCAAGAACCUCAGCACCGUCAUCCUCUCAAAGAACUUCUUUGGUGAAGCAAUGCCAGAUGAUGAAAGCAUAGUAGCUUUGGGAGGAUUUCAAAAUCUCCAACUUCUCAGCCUAGGUGGCUGCAGGUUCACCGGGCAAAUUCCUGCUUGGCUGGCGAAGCUCAAGAAGCUAGAGGUUGUGGACCUAUCUCAGAAUCAAUUCACAGGCUCAAUUCCAAGUUGGUUGGGAACUCUUCCAAACCUCUUCUACUUAGACUUGUCCAGUAACUCCCUAUGGGGAAACUUCCCCAAGGAACUUACUGAACUGCCAAGUCUAGCAUCUCAAGAAGGUGGCGAUCAAGUAGACCGGAGUUAUCUAGAGUUGCCUGUCUUUAUUCAGCCCGAUAAUGCUUCCGAUAUGCAAUAUAAUCAGCUCUCCAACGUGCCGCCAGCAAUAUAUCUGGGAAGCAACAACCUCAAUGGCACGAUACCUGGUGAAAUCGGCCGGUUGAAGUUUAUUCAUGUGUUGGAUCUCAGUAAUAACAAUUUCUGUGGCAAUAUUCCAGACCAAAUAUCUCACCUCACUAACUUGGAAAAGCUAGACCUCUCUGGAAACCAUUUGUCUGGCGAAAUCCCAGCAUCACUGAAUAAUCUCAAUUUCUUGUCUGCGUUAAGCGUGGCAAACAACAACCUUCAAGGACCGAUACCAUCAGGAGUCCAGUUUGAUACUUUUAGCAGUUCCAGCUUUGAUGGGAAUCCAGGAUUGUGUGGUUCAGUUCUGCAUCGUCCUUGCUCUGUCCAACCAGGAUCUUCACAUCCUCUACAUCCUCCUGCACCUGAAGGAAGCCGAGAACAUAAAAUCAUAUUUGGACUCAGCUUUGGCACCUCUUUUGGGAUUAGCCUUAGUGUGACCGUGGUAACAUUAGGGAUGUUGUCCAGGAGGAAAAUAAGUGGAAACUGUUUCUUUCAAUUCUAAUCAAUUCUAAUCCUGGCUGGAACAAUGACCAAAGUUGGCAAGGAUACCUGUGUUGGUAGCAGUCUAGUAAUAGUUGUUUUUGUUUUUCGUUAGUCGGGUGUGUCGAAUAAAAUGAAGAAAUAAAGUUAUUAGAUGUACAUCA